AUAUCUACACUUUAUCUGUAAUGAAGCAUGUUUUUGAAAACUCUGAUAUUCCCGUUAACGAACCCAGAUAUGAAAAUACUGUUGCUGUUGCUAAAUGUGCCGUUAUUUUGCUAUGUAGUUGGAGGAUCGGAUUGCAGGAAGGAACCCCAGUGCUCCAUUACGCGUGUGCACAAAAUGAAAUCGGGAAAUUGCUACGACAGAAAGUUCAGGAGUUUUCCCAAAUGCCUCGCAACAGAUGUAGAAGUAAUCGAUCUGACGUUUAACAGAAUCAGAAAAGUUAGCAAAACGGACAUGUCCAAAUUUUCUUACCUGAAAUUCUUGUACUUAGCCGACAAUUUAAUUACCAAUCUCGAGGAGGACGUGUUCGAGGAUUUGAGUGGUUUAACCACGUUGGAUUUGUCUCUAAAUGCCUUGCAGAAGGUCCCUGUGUCCGUGUUCAAGCUGCCGGCUUUAACAUCCCUGUAUUUGGGGCAAAAUUUGAACAUAAACAUCGCUGACGCCCUGGACAUGGCCAGGCCAUUGAAGAGUCCUCUCACAAAGAUCGACAUCAGCAGGACGACCGACGAGGAAAACUACUCCGUUUUCCCCGAUUUCGGAAUUCUACCGUAUUUAGUGGUGUUGAAUAUAACCGAAAAUUAUUAUUAUACCUUAACGCCUUCGUUGUUCAUGGGGUUUUGUAAUUUAAAAACGCUGGAUAGUGCUAAUGUCACCACUGAAUUCGAGGAUCCUUGCGAUUGCUGGAGGCUAAAUACGUGGUUAAAGAACAGGAAAGUGAAAUUCACCUUGUUCAAAUGUACAGUAAUUGAAUCUAGAUGCUUAGACAACGAUUUAACGAAUGAGGAUUUGUUAAUUCACGAGAAGUGCUCGGAAAUGUACAAAAGUAACGAGUUGAAACACACGAUUAAUACAAUUUUGAUUGGAGUUGGGAGCACUUUGGCAGUCAUGGUUUUCAUUUUGUUAAUAGUGUUUUAUAGAAGAAGGAGGCGAAUCAAACGAAAUGGGCAAUUAAGGAAGAACCAAACAGAAAGAACACAAAAUGACGCUUUGAAACAUCUAAACAACCAACAAAUUUGUAUUCCUAAUGAAUAUUCUUAGGGCUACUGCGUCUAAUUAAUAUAUGUACAGGGUAGAUUAUUUUGUAAAAACAUAAACCCUCCAAUUGUUUAGAAACUAACUUUUUGCCAUAUAAAAAUGUACUAUACAAGGUUUACUAAUACUAAAAGAGCCUGGUGUUAAGGUGGCGGGAAUUACAGAUAAAGCACUAUGAUUUUAUGCCUAUAGGAAAUCAUAAAAAAAUGUAAGACUGAUAAAAAUGGGUAAAAAAAUACUUAUUUAAGCGAAUGUGUUUUUACCAAAGAAAAAGUAUUCAGAUCACUUAUAUAAGUAGUUUGUAUAAGUUUGUUGGCAAUAUUCGUAUUAUAAAAUGUCCUAGAAUUUACUUGAAUUAGAAAAUAAAUUGAGAUGCACUCUGUUCUAACUAUUGUAAUUCGAAUGAUAUGUAAGUACCUAUAUCUUAUAAAAAGUAUACUUUGGUGCAUCAAAAAAUCGACACUUUAGUUUCCUAUCAGGAUUCCUUAUGGAUAAGAAAAUAUAAUAAAGAAAUACACUUGUGAUAAAUAUACUAAAACAGAGGUAAAAUAAAAUUGUAUAAAAAUAGCGAAUUAGUAACAACCAUCCUCUAAAACUUUACUUUGUUGAUACUUGUGGUCAGAUUUUUUAUAUGUAUGUUAUACUUAUAUUUGUAUUUUUUUAACUUAAAAAUAAAACAUUUUUCAAUAAAUUCAUUAUUAUUCGCGUUAUAAAUACACCUAACAGUAAGUUUAGAACGCGCUACUAAAAUUUUAGAAUGGGUUCAUAUUAAUCAAAA